CUUUUUUUGAACAUAGGAUACUACCACCACACACACGUUAAAUCUUCGCUUGUUAACAGUAAUUAAUUAUUUAAUUUAAAAGAAGAAAGACAAACUGAAGUUUGUCCCGAACACCGGCUAUUGAGGUCAAAAAGAAUAGACCCCUUUGGUUACCAAGUUCUAUUUAUUUAUGGUGGAUGUAACACAGAUGAAUUUUCAUUAAAAAAUUUCUGUCAUAUGUCAAAUGUUCCUGUAAUACUGUCAAAAGAAACGAUUUGAAAGUUUUCUAUUUGGUAAAUAUGAGCGAACUAAAAUCAGUAAAUUUCGAAGUCUUUGGUAAGGUGCAAGGGGUAUUCUUUAGAAAGUACACGUGUGAAAAUGCAAAAAAACUCGGGCUCAAUGGAUUUGUCCAAAACACUCCACGUGGAACUGUUAUCGGUGCUUUGGAAGGGCGAGUCUCUGCAAUUGAAAAAAUGAAAAAUUGGCUGAAGAACACUGGAAGCCCAAAGUCAAGAAUUGAGCGCGUAGAUUUUGAAAAUGAAAAAACAAUACAAAGCCCCUCUUACAGUGGAUUUAAUAUUAUAAGGGAAUAAAACCCAUUUUUGUUCAUGCUGGAACAUCAGUUGCUCUGAAAAAGUUGUAUGUAAUAUUUAUUGCUUCAAAUAAAAUAUGCAAUAUUGGUUUUCUUA